AUGUAUGGUUUACUGUUGGAGAAUCUCUCCGAGUAUAUCAAAUCCGUUUAUGGUGAAGAAAAAUGGGAGGAUAUACGUCGCCAAGCUGGUAUCGAUUCGCCAUCGUUCAGCGUGCAUCAAGUUUAUCCAGAGAAUAUGCUGAACAAGUUGGCGAAGAAGGCGCAACAGGUACUUGGCGUUUCCGAGCGUGAGUUCAUGGAUCAAAUGGGUGUGUACUUUGUCGGCUUUGUCGGUCAAUACGGUUACGAUCGCGUACUAUCCGUACUAGGACGACAUAUGCGUGACUUUCUCAAUGGUCUCGAUAACCUCCACGAAUACUUGAAAUUCUCCUACCCGCGCAUGCGAGCACCUUCCUUCAUUUGUGAAAAUGAAACUCGACAAGGACUCACAUUGCAUUAUCGAUCGAAGCGGCGCGGUUUUGUCUACUACACCAUGGGACAAAUACGUGAAGUGGCGCGGCACUUCUACCACAAAGAGAUGCAUAUCGAACUGGUACGCGAGGAGAUACUCUUCGAUACGGUGCAUGUGACAUUUCAGCUGACAUUCGAUAAUCGCGCAUUCACACUGGCAUCGCUGGCGAUGACACGCGAGGAGAAGCAUUUACCCAUCAGUGCACAUGUGCUCUUCGAGAUAUUCCCAUUUUGCAUUGUAUUUGGUGCCGAUAUGGUUGUGCGCAGCAUUGGUAAUUCUCUAAUGGUCAUUCUACCCGACCUGCUUGGCCAGAAAAUUACCGCUUGGUUCGAUUUGGUGCGGCCACUGAUUGCCUUCAAAUUCCAAACUAUUUUAAAUCGAACAAAUAAUAUUUUCGAAUUGGUCACAGUAGAGCCCGUUACAGAUCGGGUCGAUAUUCAGCCCUCCACUGAACUGUUGCUGCACGACGAUGGAUCAGAACCGGAAAAGACGUUGCGGCUAAAAGGUCAAAUGGUUUAUAUGGAAAAUUGGCGCAUGAUCAUGUUCUUGGGCACGCCGGUUAUGCCUGAUCUCAACUCACUCAUUACAACCGGCUUGUAUAUCAACGAUUUAUCAAUGCAUGACUUUAGCAGAGAUCUCAUGUUGGCCGGUACGCAACAAUCCGUCGAACUCAAAUUAGCGCUCGAUCAGGAGCAGCAGAAGUCAAAGAAACUGGAAGAAUCUAUGCGUAAGCUGGAUGAGGAAAUGCGGCGUACAGACGAAUUGCUCUAUCAGAUGAUACCGAAACAGGUGGCCGAUCGUUUGAGACGUGGCGAGAACCCCAUUGAUACAUGUGAGAUGUUCGACUGUGUGUCUAUACUAUUCGCUGACGUAGUCACAUUCACCGAAAUCUGCAGUCGCAUUACACCCAUGGAAGUUGUAUCCAUGCUUAAUGCAAUGUACUCCAUAUUCGAUACCCUUACCGAAAGAAACAAUGUGUAUAAAGUGGAAACAAUUGGCGACGCUUACAUGGUUGUGUCGGGUGCGCCAGAAAAGUCUGCUAAUCACGCAGAUAAAGUGUGUGAUAUGGCCUUGGAUAUGGUUGAUGCCAUUACCGAUCUGAAAGAUCCCUCUACGGGACAGCAUUUGCGCAUACGUGUUGGCGUACAUUCUGGCGCAGUGGUUGCUGGUAUUGUAGGCUUGAAAAUGCCUCGAUAUUGUCUAUUUGGCGAUUCGGUUAAUACGGCGUCACGCAUGGAAUCCACGGGUGCAGCGAUGAAAGUGCACGUAUCCGAGCCAGCAAAGCAAUUUCUUAGCCCCUAUUAUAAGUUAACUGAGCGUGGCGAAAUCGAUGUUAAAGGAAAGGGUCCUAUGAAGACGUAUUGGUUGGACGAAUGUGAAAACCGUAAAUCAUUACAGUUGCCACCCGAACUAUUCCAUCCGAUUUCAACAUUCACUGCGCCAACAGCCGCCACGACUAGCUCUAAUUCAUCUACAGCAGCCUCAACAUCUGAUCGACGCUUGAGUGUAUCGCAAACAUUGAAGGCUAUAAUGCCAGCUGCUGCCCAACCGGUAAUAGGCUCAGUUGAGCGAAUGCAAUUGGUUAAUGCCACAAGUGCUAUGAUCAACUCAAUGGAUGUGGUAAGUUCAACGCCACCAGUGCCGUGCAGUGCUGGUACGGAACGUGGACGUAUAUACUCUCCAGUGACUUUUACGGAUGUAGCGCGUCGCAGCAUAGCAAAUUCACCUGUACGCAAUUCAUAUGGCUGCAAUGAACGUGGCCGCGAAUCGAGAUCUAAUUCUAUGGGGCAUGUCUUUAUGCGUUCGCCCAGCGACAUUUUCGGUUCACUCAUCUUAGACACAGAGGAAUUUUUGGAAGACUUGCAAUACUCACGCAGCUCGUUGGUUAAUACUGGCACCAGCUCUGCAAUAUGUCCCUACAGUCCAGCACCUACUUUUCGCAUAGGUAGCGCACCGUCCAAACCACGUCCAAAUAAUCCGGAUCAAUUUACGCCAGAAGAACUAGCAGCUAUGGAUCAGAUAACGCCACCAUCCACGGCACCACCACAGGAAACUGUCACAUGCAAAGUAGCACCGUCAACUUCUUCAGCCUCGCUGGAAAAGUCCAAGGCCAGAAAAAUCACAUUUUCACGUAGCCUUACCGUAACACAAGAGCCAGUUGCUACACCACCACCUGCGCAACAGCAGCAGCAGCCACAGCAGCAACAAGAGAAGGCACAAGCGAUCGUUGCUCCAAGUUCUCCUGCAGCCUCCAAACCCAUACCAGUGGCACCGAAGGCAACCGCAAUUGCGAUUCCCUCAACGUCAGCUAUAAAGCCUGCGCAAGCAAGUAAGAACAUAUCAUUCGGCAACAGUCGUAUGUCAUCACAAGAAUCUCUGUCCCCCUGUUCACCACCAAUUCGCUCCAACUCUGCACCUCUACCUAUGUCUAAGGCAGCACGCAAAGCAUUCCUCGCCGCGAAACAAACGAAAGCCAUAGAAAAACUAGACAGGAUGAUUGAAGAAGUAAAUGAAGUCGAUGUUCAAAACAAGCGUGCGAAUAUGCGCCGCAUGGCCGCCUUUCGGGAUGAAGGUGGUGGCAAUGCAGGUCUAGGCGGCGGGGGAGGAGGAGGCUGUCCGCUAUUUUUGCCACCACCACCUGGUCCACCAAUGACAAACUCCAUAUCAGACUCGGGCAUAGCUCAUCACGGUCACAACCACAGCUAUUCGUCUGUACACUAUGCCACUUGUCAUCAUGCUCAUGAGCCGAAAAUGAGUAACAGUCACAGUUUCAGUCAUGCUCGCUCAACUGCACACCAGUGUUGUACAGGAUAUAAUCACUCCAAUGGGCGGCAACGAGUGCAUUCCAAUGCAUGUCAAUUGUUGUAAGAAUGGCAGCAGAUGAGACGUUGUAAGGUGGUGGACGAGAGAGUAUAAAAAUGUAUGCUUAAGAAGGUGCUAUAUAUACUUUUGUAUGGAUGCAAAAAAUGCCUGAAAGAUCAGGAGAUGCUCGGUAUACGAAACAAAACCAAAUUGGUACCAAAAAAACAAAUAAUAAAAAUAUAGGUACCUAAUAUAAUAAUUAAUUAGGAUUAUCAGAACAAUUUACACAUAGAUAUAUAGGCACUCAUGCAUAUACAGGGUCCGGCACUCGAAGUGUAACCAAUUAAAAAGGCCAUAAAUUUAGGUUGAAAAUUUACUUUUAUUCAAUUCAAAGUAAAAAAUGUGUGAAAAUAAAACACAAUUAAGAAUCAAUUUACUUUUGCUUGAUAUGUCCACCUUUUGCCUUGACUAUGGCCUUGAGACGAUAAAGAAACGAAUCGCAAGCUGCCCGAAUGUGACUUGCAGGUAUUUUAGCAUACUCGCGUAUAAUGGCUUUUUCAAGCGCCUCGAGACUGGUGAAUCGUUUAGUUCUGCCCUUGUUCUCCAAAAUGGCCGCCCAAAGAGAGUAAUCCAUCGGAUUCGCGUCUGGUGAAUUUGUGAGCCAUUGUGUGGAGGUUAUGAAGUUCGGAACUUUGUUUUUUAGCCAUUCUUGGUUCACUCGAGCUCCGUGUGACGGUGCCGAGUCUUGUUGAAACGUCCAUGGUCUGCCACCGAAAUGUUUGUCUGCCCUCGACUUCAAAGUAACCUCCACAAUACUUUCCUGAUAAUAAAUCGCAUUUACCUUGACACCAGGCUCGAUGAAAACGAUUGGAGAGCGCCAUCUACGGUUACAGCAACCAAAACCAUUACCUGUGGCGGGUGCUGCCUCCAGGUGGCCAAUCGAUGACUCAAAUUCUCGUAUGAACGGUCGGUCAUAUAAACCCUAUCAUUUUGUUAGUUUACGACUAGCUCAUUUUGAAAAAUUGUCUCGUCAGAAAACACAAUGUACGGAAAUUGAGAGCUUUCGGACAAGCGAAACAACUCCUCCGCUCUCUCAAGUCUGACUUGUUGCUGCUUUGGUGUGAGAUCAUGCGCCUUUUGGGUCUUACAAGACUUGAAUUUGAGAUCAUUUUUUAGUAUGCGGCGGAUGAAACGAUCAGAUAUUUUCAGUUCUUUCGCCCUUUGAAUGGCACUUCGUCCGGGAUUUCGCUCAAGUCACUUCUUCUCUUUUUGAACCAUUUCUCGUGACGUUGCGGUCUUUUGAUGACCACCUCCAUGACAUUUGACGAUGCUACCAGUAUCAUUGUAACGAGUAAUGGUGCGAUAAACAAAAACUCUAUUCACUUUAAGGGGAUCGAGCUCUCGAACAAUCGCUGGUUGUGAUUUUCCAGCCAAAUAUAAUGCAAUCACACUAUUAACCCGUGCCCGUGCAUCAGCUGCGCAAGCGGUCUGAAGUUGUUUACUCUGCGAGUACCGAACCCUGUAGGAUGAUUAGUUGUUAUUUUGGUACAAUUUAUGUCCAUACGCUUAAAAACAGGAUUUUGUAUUACUCUCUGUUUGCUAGUAUUUUUCUUUGCUUUU